GACGCAUCAAAUUAUCAUAUUAGCGUUGUAGCUGGCCUCAAUAUCAGCAGUCUUUUACAUGAUACGCUGCGAUCCUACAUACUGUGAUUAAUGGCAGGCUUUUGAGCAUUUGCACUGCCCUUUCCAUGUCACGCUGUUGGGCUCUUGCUAAUUCACACACGACAUUAGGCGUGUGACUCCUUGACAUUUAAAUGCGGCGGGUGAACACAGGAAGUCUUUAUUUUCUCUGUAUUCAUUGUGGGUGUCGACUUUCGAUGACGCGCGAAAGCAGCGAAUCGUGUAAGUUAUGCGAGUUGGUCUUUGGAAAUUGUGUGGCAAACAAAUCUGUUUUUGACAGCAAAAUGGAGCUGAAACAAUUCUCCAAAGGGUGUCAUGCCUCAUGUAUGUGCGGAGACCCUCAUUGAGCAGUCAAGGCCUGAAGGCAGCUCUGCUCUUCAGGGAGACACUAACAGAAGUGCUUUCACACCGUACAAGUCAUCAACUGUCCUGACCAACCUUCAGCGUGGAAAUGUGCCUACCCAGACACAAGCUGUUCCUCUCAGACGUUGCAUUCAUCAACUGUCUGCACAGGGAGAGAUCUCACCAGAUCAGAUAACGCCUGAGCGUCUGGACCUGCGUGACGAGGCGGGCCUGACGCCACUGCUGUGGGCCAGCUCACAUGGGCAGCUGUCAACGGUGCGCCACCUGGUUGCCAAGGGGGCACAGGUUGACGCACAGGGCCUGAAGGGCGAGACUGCUCUGAUGCUCGCUGCUGGUCGGGGGCACUCGCACAUUGUGCGCCAUCUGCUGCUGCACGGUGCCAGUCCGAACCAGGCAGACCGGGAAGGAAACACUGCCCUAAUGUAUGCUGCCGUUGGGAACUAUGCUGCCGCAGCUCAAGAACUACUGUCAAGCGGAGCCGACAUGUCUGCUCAGAACAGUGUCUGUGACACUGCUUACGACCUCUCAGUGUCAAUGAGUGCACAACAAGGAAUUCUGCAUCACCUCUUGGGAACCACACACGAGUGGCAGACAUUUCCUAUGUGCAGUUGCUAAUAGUGUCACGAAGUUAACAAGCGAAGGCCUUGGCAAAACAGUGUUCUUUUAAUAAUGGAUGACACUCUGGGAGUGCGCGUACCACCAUGCACGUCGUUGUUCUCGUUCAAGUGGAUGGCAGCCACAGGUGACAGCCUAUCUUGCGUCAGUAUUGUGCCAUGAGAUGGCACUAAGUGUCAGAUACAGAUAAAUAUAAUGUUGGUGUCAUCAGGUGAAAAUGAAAUGGUCUGGUAUUCAAGGGUAAAAAUUGUAGCAACCAGCUAAGCUUGUUGAGAGAACAAUUUUCAUGCUUCCAUGGAUGGCAACACGACUCUCUCAACCACUGAUCAUUUGAUGAGGUAUUGAUAAAGCCAUGUUUGAAGCCUUCCUAUGAAAAAAUACUAUGGGAAAGCUUCAGUGAGUCAUGUGAAGUGAAACCUAGUUCAGAUGAUAGCUCGAGAGAUUGCAGUUGAAGUUUAGCGAUUCUUUGCAAUUGACACAGCUGGAAAGAACAGGUUAUUAAUUGCACCUUCAUUUUCCACCUCCCACAGUGCUCAGAAUGACCCAAGCAAUAGAAGACAGUGAAAGCACGCUUAAUUUUUUAAGCUAUGUUUAACAGAUGAUGUUAAUGCCUUGUAGUUACCAGAAAUUUUGGUUGUGUAAAAAAAAAAAAAAAUGCCACAGAAGCAGCUUAGCGCAGUAGAUAAUCAGAACAUCGCCUGUAUUGAAAGUGGCUUGUGAAAAUCUUGUGUGGAAAUGCACUUACCUGCUAAAUGUUGAAUGGUGCACUGUAAUGUGUCAGAUAUUUCUGCCAUUCUUAUACAUUUGGUCUAGAGGAUGAAUUGCAGUGCCGCGAAGCUGUCUGCGUUAUCGAGCAUGUCUGAAUAAACAGUCAACAGCAGUAGUCUUUCAUGGUAAUCUGUAGAGCGAUUUCUCCUUCUCUAAUCAUUGUUGCAUUGAUGAAAGUGUCACUGCCUCUUUGCCGGCGUAACAUAUUUAUAAUAAUUG